UUUCAGGAUGACAUUUACCAAUGGACCAGAGAUCACCGCGUGCACCAUAAAUUCACCGACACCGACGCGGAUCCGUAUAACGCGAGCAGAGGAUUCUUCUUCUCGCACGUAGGUUGGCUUCUGAUACAUAAACAUCCUGAUGUUACGCUUAAAGGUGCAACGGUCGAUUGCAGUGAUCUCAAGCAAGAUCCAUUCGUAAUGUUUCAAAAAAAGUGGUAUCUGUAUCUGAUGUUGCCUUGCUCUUUUAUUAUACCAACAUUAGUACCUUGGUGGUUGUGGGAUGAGAGUUUGUGGUAUUCGUGGCAUCUUGCAAUGUUCAGAUAUUGCGCAAACCUGAAUGCUACUUGGUCGGUGAAUUCCGUGGCUCACAUCUGGGGUAUGAGACCAUACGACAAAUCACUCAGUUCUACCAACAAUAGUGGAGUUGCUAUAGCAACAUUAGGCGAAGGUUGGCAUAAUUAUCAUCACGUCUUUCCUUGGGAUUAUAAAGCAGCGGAACUUGAAAAUUAUGGACUCAAUUUUACUACAGCUUUCAUUGACUUUUUCGCUUAUUUGGGCCUGGCUUAUGACUUGAAGACCGUAUCUACUGAUGUGAUAAAGAAACGUGUUCUUCGAAAUGAAUAUUGUGCGGUGAGGACACAAGAGGAUCCGACUCCGCGAGGGAACGGGAUUUCAAUGAAUUUUUAUCACUCCGACACUUAA